CGUGGAGUUGGGCAGGCUUCUGGCGAGGAGGGGGCGGCCCGGCUGGAAUUGAUGCGCCCGGAGUUGAGGGCGCGUUUGCGAGCAGCGGGCGGGUCGGCCGACUCGAGGGGAAGGAGAGACGCGGGAGAAGGCAAGGAGCGGACGCCGCGCCGGGGCUGCUUUUGUUCCGUCGAGCGGACGCCUGCUUCGCGCAUUUUGCAGCCGCCCCUUCGGAUCGCCGCCUUUGGGGUGCGUGCCCGAGGAGGCGCCUUUUGGGUGCCCUGAUUGUGAUGGCUGAUCACAUGAUGAUGUCAAUGAGCCAUGGCAUGAAUGGCCUCCAGAGCUACCGGAUAGGUAUGAAUGGGAUGCAAGCCCUGCCACAGCAUGGACAGCAGCAUGUGCUAAGGACGCUCCCUCCCAACCACCAGAUGAUGCAGUAUGGAGGCCCUGCUAUGGAUGGAGGAAUGAGGCAGAGGCCAGGCAUUAAUGGUCAGAUGGGUCACCACCAGGUGCCGAACACUGUGAUGUUCAACAAUCCAAGCCAACAACAACAGUAUAUGGGACCUGUGGGUACCCAGCAACUUAUGGCAAGUAUGCACUUGCAGAAACUCAACACUCAGUAUCAGGGCCAUCCUCUCCUAGGCAUGAGUGCUGGCCCUGUUGGACCAGGUGCACAGCAGUACAGGAUGGGCCCAGGACAGCACCCGGGCAUGCAACACUUGCCCUCCCCUGCUUUGACCUUGAAUGUUAUGGACACGGAUCUUAUUGAUGAGGAGGUCUUGACUUCUUUGGUUAUGGAGCUGGGCUUGGACCGCAUUCAGGAGCUGCCAGAGCUCUUUCUGGGACAGAAUGAGUUUGACUUCAUCUCAGACUUUGUUAACAAACAGCAGCCUAGCGCAAUCAGCUGUUGAGCGGCUCUGCUGAGAAGCAGGCCUCUCUUCGUGUGGCUUGAUUGUGAUACAUGCCUGCCUCUGACGUUCUCAUUUUUGCCUGUACAUAAGUAUACAGCAUUUCCCAGCUCAUCUUUGCCCAUGGCUUGAAAAAAACAAUAGACAAUCACCAGAGGCUUUUUUUCUCCUUUUUUUUUUCUUGCACUACCUUGCUGCUUCUCACAAGGGAGUGUGGCUUUUUCUUGUGCUGUUCGCAGAGAGGGUGGCUGCAAGGCUUCUGCAGAUGGAAAAUGAAUAGCAGUUACAGAACUUCAGCCAUUCAGGAAAGAGCCUGUCCCUUCAAAACUAUUCUGCAUUCGGACUGCAAACGAUAAGAGGGGUGGGUUUCAGAGGCUGAGAUCUGCUCUGCUGUCCUCCUCUGAUGGCAGAACAAGCUGUUUCCAAAAGCAUCUCUCCUUUAGGGAUGGCGGUGAUGGGUUUUAGCCUGUUCUUUCCCUGAAACAUGAAUGGGUGGGAGAUAUUCCUCACUGUUUCUCCUGCCUUAUUGCCCCUCAAUACUGUGAAAUCUGCAAUCAUCUCUCCUUUUUUUACUUGAAGAUAUCACUGGCCUCAGGUUGGGGUUUUUUUGUUCUGUUCUCUUUUCCUUUCUUGUAAUUGCAUUCCUUCAUUUUGUAUUAUGUUGGCAGGAGUUUCUGGGGGAUAGCUGGCAUGUGUGUCCAAAUGACAAAUUUUCAAGGUUAGGUCACUUGUGAUGGGGAAGACCAACUGAUUAGCAUUUCUUGUUAGGCUGCUACAAACAUGAGCUUUAAGCUGCCCUCUAGCUCCUUUUCUGCCUCUGAAACCAAAUAAAAUAACCUUGUAAUUGUUGUGUAUAUUUCUAAUUUUUGAAAGGAAAAAAAACCUUUGAUGUAUUUCUAUUUAUUUGGAAGGGCUCACACUAUGUUGCCUUUUGAAAUUACUGAGAAGGGCUAAAGACACUGAAGUGCAUGUCCCUCCAAACUUUUUUGUUAUCUCUAAUUAAGAGGAAGAAUGUUUUGUUUGAAUGAAAAAAUGAUUUGAUAGCUUGUUGCCCUCUGGGGGCUUGACUUUUUAAGUUUUGAUUUUGUUUCUCAAAAAAAUGGUGUGGAUAGCAGUUUUAUUUCUAUUUUCAAAUGCUACAGCAGAAAGUUCAGUAGAGUGGAGAUUUGCUAAGGCCCCUUCUGUUUGCAGACACACAUCACUGUUGAUUAAUGAAGUGAAAAUGUACAGGUGAUUUUGUUUUUCUCCAAAUAAAAGUUAACCCCUCAAAUUUAA